AGCCACGUUCGGUUGAGCUCCAAGUAGACCAGCGGCGGCGGCGGCAGCGGCAGCGGUGCCGGAGGCGCAGAGGGCGGCGCAGGCGGAGCCGGGCGGCGGGCGCGCGGGCGGUUGGGCGAGCGAGCGAGCGAGCGGCGGGCAGCCGGGCGGCGGCGGCACAGCGCAGGCCGAGCCGGCGCGGGAGGAGUUCCAGGGCGAUGGGGCCGCGGCCGGGGCUGACGCUUUGACAGCUGGAAAGAGCGCGGAGCCAGCGCCGGGGGGGAGGGAGGGAGCGCGGCGAGCGGAGCGCGAGCGAGCGAGCGCCGGGAGGGGGCCAGGAGCAGGGCAGCUCGGCAGAACCGGACGGUAGCGGCGGCGGCGGCGGGGCUCGGCGCCCUCUUCUCUGCAAACCAUGUUUGCCAAAGGCAAAGGCUCGGCGGUGCCCUCGGACGGGCAGGCUCGGGAAAAGUUAGCUUUAUACGUCUACGAAUAUUUACUGCACGUAGGAGCACAGAAAUCUGCACAGACCUUCUUAUCAGAGAUUCGAUGGGAAAAAAACAUCACGCUGGGAGAACCACCUGGGUUUUUGCACUCCUGGUGGUGCGUAUUUUGGGACCUUUACUGUGCAGCUCCUGAAAGGAGAGACACUUGUGAACAUUCGAGUGAAGCAAAAGCCUUUCAUGAUUACAGUGCAGCAGCUGCCCCGAGCCCUGUGCUUGGCAACAUUCCUCCCAAUGAUGGGAUGCCUGGAGGCCCCAUCCCACCGGGUUUCUUUCAGGGUCCUCCGGGGUCACAGCCCUCGCCGCACGCACAGCCUCCACCUCACAAUCCCAGCAGCAUGAUGGGACCCCACAGUCAGCCUUUUAUGUCACCGCGAUACGCAGGCGGCCCCAGGCCCCCGAUCAGAAUGGGAAACCAGCCUCCAGGAGGAGUUCCUGGGACACAGCCAUUGCUGCCCAAUUCCAUGGAUCCCACCCGACAACAAGGCCACCCCAACAUGGGAGGAUCAAUGCAGAGAAUGAACCCUCCCCGAGGCAUGGGGCCUAUGGGUCCUGGGCCACAGAAUUACGGCAGCGGCAUGAGACCACCACCCAACUCCCUCGGCCCCGCCAUGCCCGGGAUUAACAUGGGCCCAGGAGCUGGCAGACCCUGGCCCAAUCCCAACAGUGCUAACUCAAUUCCAUAUUCCUCCUCAUCGCCCGGCACCUACGUGGGACCCCCUGGUGGUGGUGGCCCUCCAGGAACACCCAUCAUGCCUAGUCCUGCAGAUUCAACAAAUUCCAGUGACAACAUCUACACAAUGAUUAAUCCGGUGCCGCCUGGAGGCAGCCGGUCCAACUUCCCCAUGGGUCCUGGCUCAGACGGCCCGAUGGGAGGCAUGGGCGGGAUGGAGCCACACCACAUGAAUGGAUCCUUAGGGUCAGGCGACAUAGAUGGACUUCCAAAAAAUUCUCCUAACAACAUAAGUGGCAUUAGCAACCCUCCAGGCACCCCGCGAGACGAUGGCGAGCUGGGAGGGAACUUCCUCCACUCCUUCCAGAAUGACAAUUAUUCUCCAAGCAUGACGAUGAGUGUGUGAUCCCCCCCCUUCUCCAAGACGCUGAGAGAGCCGGCAUUGCAGGCAGGAAGAUGCCAGACAUUAUGCAAGAAGAAGUGAGGUGUCGUUACCAGGAGCUGGCGGGGGUCUCCCCGCUCCCCAUAAACCUACCCCCACCUUUUCCCAUUUUUAGUUUCAUGCAAUAAAAAGGCCGAACUUUUUAUUCCAUAAAACAUGAAGGACAAAACUCAAAAGUAAAAAUAUAUUUCAAAUCAGUGACCAGAAAAAUUCUACUCCUUGCUACUUCCCAAAAGGACCUUUUCUGUACAUGACACUUUUUUUUUUUGUCUUUUGUUUUUGUUUGUUUGUUUGAGAUUUCAUCAUUGCUGGGAUUUUUUAAAAUUUGUUUUCAGGGGUUGGGGGCAUUUUUUUUUUUUUUAAUGGAAGCUUCUAGCAAGCCCCCAGCCCCACCCCAAUCAACCUCUUUGCUUUCUUCUUAAAAAAAAUGAAAAUGAAAAAAAGUUUAAAAAAAAAAAACAAGAAAAAGAAAAAACCACAAGCCCUGCAGUCUGUCUGUCCCCAAGCCCUUUUACCAGGAAAGCUAGUCUAGGUGUGACAUGUCACACUGUCUCUGUAGCCAUCUAAAAAUAAUAAUAAUAAACUGGACAGUUUACAAUCGGUGGUUUCUUUCAAAAAGCCGUUUUUGGAAAGAAGAAAAGAAGUCACCCUUUACCACUGGGGGUUUGUUUGGGGAGGGGGGGACCUGCUUUGUUUUGGGCAUGGUUGGCAACAGCAGCACUCCUAGACCCCCAAACCCACCCAUCGCGUGGCCAGAGGGGCCAGACCAUCCGACCCCCUUCCAGGAUUCCCCAUGGCCGAGACCGUCGCUGUGACCCGGCGCCUGCACUGUGUUCCCAGGACUGCUUCCUCUCCUGGACCUCUCCAGCCCCUCCUCAGCCCCCACCCGUCCUCCCAGCGAGAGUCCUGCCCACUGGGUGGCGGCCUGCAGCAGCGUAGGGGAGGCCACCGCUGCCAGGAUGGCUAUGACCUGGGGCGUGGAAACUGACCUCGUGUUCCGCCCGAGAUCCUCACGUCCUCGUCCCAUGUCCCGUGCACGGGCAGGGUGGCUGGAGUUUUGGUUUUCUUUUUCUCUAUUCAUCCUUCGUUUUCAAAGAUGGAAUAUUGACCCGAAUUGCUCUGUAUGUGCUUGGAACUGGAUGGAAAGACUUUGGCAUUGCUGGGGGGUGGGGGGAGAACCAACAACCAAACAGACGCGCUGUUUCCGGUCCUGUUUUUAUUUUCAAAAACCGACAAACCCGAUGUGGAGCCUGUCCCCUCCUAGGAGGGGUGACUCAUGGCCUCCCUCACCUCACCCCCAUGGAAACCUUUGUGUCUUGCCCUGGAAGACACCCAAUUCUUUGUACAUUUACACUCCCUUCUCCUGCCCCCUCCCUCCCCCGUAGCUGGUCUUUGUUUUAUUACCCCCCUUUCUGAUCCAUGUAUAUCAUAUUAUGUGAGAUACCAUCUGCCUGAAAAAAGACCUUGUGCGGAUUAUUGGGAACAUUGUAGCUGUUGCUGUGUUUUUUCUUACCUUGUAGUCUGGUUCUGAAUUACGAGAGGAAAAAAAAAAAAAGUAAUUAUGAUACAUUGUAGUUUGUGUACGAUAUAUGUUGAUAACGUUUUAUUAAAGGGACAUCUUUUUUCCGCA